GGGAAGUACAUUUUUUCAAACAAGGGAAACUAAGAGACAGCAUUCGACCCAAUGGUAAAAUAUAUUACGCAAAUGAAAACUGGAUCAAACAGUAUUUAGCGAGAGCGACUUAAACUAUGGAGCAAUACUUUCUGGCCCUGGCGGCAGUCAUGUCGUUCGUUGCCACAGAAGUGUCAUCGUUACAGUGCUACCAGUGUUUGAUCAACCCACCGCCUGGCCAGUACUACAACACGACGAAACGACUCUGUAUGCACUUCGACCAUUCAGACAAAUUCAUAGUUGACUGUCCCUUUUCUACGAUGUGCAUGAAGCAGGAAUUUCAUCUCGAUAUACAGAAUGGAGUAAGAAUCACGGGAGUGCUACGCGAUUGUGCAACUCAAAAACACGAGUAUCACGCCUACAAAGACGGCGCUUGGUCGCCUCAGAUGGAGAUAUUGGAGCCUUAUGAAGAGGGAUGUACGCACACGGAUGACAAGGGGGAAAGGAUAACCCCAACUAGAUACUGUUACUGUCGACAAAAUCUAUGUAAUUCUUCACCAAAUACAAACCACGAAGGAUACACGGACAUCAUGGGGGUUAUAGUGGUGUUUAAUCUCAUGAAAUACAUUAACAGCCUGAGGUAGUCGACGAUCAUUAUUAGGAAAAUUAAUUUCUAUUUAAAUACGUGUGUGUGAAACAAGUUUCUUGUAUAAUGAGAAAAUGUAUAUUAGAGUUAUUUUCUUUCAUCGGUUACUGAUAAAGAAAGCUAUCUGAAGUAUAAUAGGUAUCCAACAGGUACAAGAUUAUUAUAUAUAUUUCUUUUUACCCAACUGCGGUAAAGCCAACAGGAGGGUUACAAUUUUAGCUAUUAUUUACGGUCAUCUGUUGCCUCAUGUAUCUCAAACUACUUCUCAUAUUUAGACAAAUGAUAACUAUCAUUGAAAGCGUCAUAAAUGUCUACUGAUUAUAGGCUAUUUGGUGUCACAUUAUAUUGAAUGUGGCGCCCUCUAAAGGUUUAUAGUUUUUAACUUUUUUCUUGUUUACGAUCAAACUAACUUAUUAGUCAAAUAUUUCUAUAAUCAAAUUUAAUUUUAUUAGAGGGGGUGAAACGUAGACAGUAUGUUAAGCCCUGAGAGUAUGUUCUUUCAUAUUUUUUUUUUCAUCUUUCAUGUUCUUUCACUUCAUGCAGAUAAAUCCUAUCAAUAACUUAUGUGGAAAAUUAACUUUAUCAGCAACAAGUCACUAAUUUUAUACGUGAGACACUAGAAAUAAUGAAUAUUAGUUGUUCUAAGUACUUUUAUAACUUUCAAUAAAAGCUUUAAGCUGCAUAAUCAUGUUUGUUUAUUGCCUAUUGUCGUUCAAGAUUUAUGUAUAUAAUUGACUGUAAGGCUUCUGUUUUCAAAUUAUUAUUAUUAUCCUUUACUGUAAAUACAAAAAAAAUCAUUAUAACUAGACAGUGUUGUAUAUACAGACGAUCUUAUCGUAAAACAGCGAUUUCUUUCAAACAACUAACGUCGAGAAAAUAAUGUUAAAAAGAAAUGUGUAAUAGAUGUACGAGUAGUGUGUAUUUUACUCUUGUGAGUGAUAAGCAAUUUGUGAUAUGGUGUUAGUCAAAAAUAUAACUUGGUGAUAGACGUAGAUAGGAUAUAAGAGUGACCAUUGCUUAUAAAUAACUAUUAAAAAAUUGUAUAAUAACCGAUAUUUUUUGCAUAAUUAUUUUCCCAUCGAGAAUAGUUUGAAACAUUUUGAAAAUUUGAUGAUUUUUUUAUUGCUCUUACGAGUAUACGGAACUUGCCGCGAUUGUCUGCAACUUCGCCGGAAUAUUAAGAGAUUCAAAAUAACAAUCGCCGUAACUUCCGUAUUUAGUUUUGUUGAAAGUGGCGGUAAAAGCUUAAAUUAAUAAAUUGUUUUAACAUGGGUACAUAUUUUUUAGAAAAAUCAUUAAGUGCCAAAUAUAGUUAGAUAUAAACUACAAUGCACUUAUUUAAGAAACGCCAAAUUUUAUUAAAUGUUGUUUCGAUAGUAAAGACAUAUUUGUAUAUAAAGUAAUAUUAAUACGCAAUAUUUGUAUAUUUUACCGUUUUUACCAAUUCCGUUUGUUCCUAUGCGAAAAAAAUAAAAAUAUAUGAACA